AUGAGUUCCAGGACCCAUCCUUCCGAUCGCUACCUUCCUGCCCAAUAUCAAUACAACAACCGACCUCUGAUUGAUCGCGUCGUGAACAAUUGGCAUCACCAAGAAGAGAAGCGCUCAGAGAGGUCACAUUACGACUCCGAUUCGGACGACGACGACGAUCGUGAACUGACACAUUGCUGCGACCUCGAUUCCGACACCUCGUUUGUCAACCUCUGUUAUGCUUUUUGCAUCAAUCGCAAAGUCCGCCGCGCAAUGUUUCUCGUCAUAGUCGCCUGCUCCGCUCUAUUCUUCCUUUGCAGUGGCUUCCUCUUCCCGGCAUGGCGAGAGCGACAGGCUCUAGAAGAAGGUCUCGACAACUCGGACUCGUUUGGCCAUCAGAUGCCCGACAAGCUUAGCGGUAUCAUACAACUACAGCAACUACGGUCCGACUACAUACCCGGUGGCGCAUCCGAUCCGAGUGGCAAGAGACGUCUGAUUUUCAUUGGCGACAUACACGGCUGCAAGAACGAGCUUCUGAGACUACUGAAGGCUGUCGGAUUCAACAAGGACACAGACAAGAUCAUCGCCACUGGCGACGUUCUCGCAAAGGGACCUGAUUCUCCCGGCGUAAUAGACACACUGAUAUCUCUCGAAGCUCUGUCUGUGCGUGGUAAUCAUGAAGACCGUAUUCUGCUGGCCGCCAAUUCACGAGUCUCCAAAGGCGCUCCUGUCGAAACCAACGACGAGCCUUCUACCGACGUUUCAGCCGCAUCAAGAGGUGCUGGACUCAAAGGAGAAGCUCUGCUCGAUUACCUCAAACCACGCCACCUCAAGUGGUUACGUUCGCUCCCUCUGAUCAUUCAUAUCUCAGCCCUUGCUCCACCUAAGCAUUCAGCUCCAGCGGCUUCUUCUCUGGAUACUCUCAGCAAAAAGAAGAAAAAGAAGACCUUCAAGAUUCUAGACGAUAUCAAUGUCGUGCAUGCGGGCCUUGUACCUUCUGUCCCUCUCCUUCGACAAGAUCCGUUCUCUGUUAUGAACAUGAGAUCCAUGUCUCCAACCAAUCAUGUCCCUAGUGAGAAUCGUAAGAAAGGCAUACCCUGGGAACGCGUCUGGGGCUGGUACAACGACCGCAUUUCACGAACUCACUCGUCCUUUCUAUCCUGGCUGUUCGGUUCUGCUGCCGAGUCUUCAGAAGCCAGUGAAUGGUGGAAAUCAUUGAAUAGCUUGUACAGCGAAGACGAUGGCGGAGAAGCUCAACCACUGGUCAAACACUCAAAGCCGUCCGUUGUCGUUUACGGUCACGACAGUCCUCGCGGCCUGAAUCUCAAGAGAUGGAGCAAGGGCCUUGACAGUGGCUGUGUGAAUGGCGACAAACUCUCCGCCAUGGUCUUGAAUGCCUGGGGCCACGCAGAGAUUGUCAGCGUGGACUGCAAGCACCGCAAAUGA